GUUGUGUUUCUGUUAAACGUUAAACAAACAGAAGUCAAUAAAGUUAUGAAAUUGCAGCACUUAAAAGUGUUGACAACCAAAUUAGUGUCACUUACUUUCCCAUCACUCUCUUCUAAUCAAAUACUUUCAUGUUAUUCCUAAAAUAAAAUGCCAUUUAAAAAAUAAGUAAAUAAAUACAAAUUUAAUAUUGCCUAUAUUUUUCGCGCAAUAUGGUAAAAUUACAUUCCAACCCAACUGCCAUUUAAUUCACUUCUGCUUGUUCGCGCAAUCUGGUGACUAGCCUGAGACUCUCUGUAAGAGCUCAAUCUCUCUCUCUCGCUCUCUCUCCUCAGAGCUCAAAUUUCUAAUGCAAUGGAAGACCCUUCCAUCGACAAAGUAGCAAUAUCAGGGCCAGCCCUAGCCUCCAUGAUCCAACGCUUCUCAACCUCCCAAGGCUCCGUCGACGGUCUGAUCUUCGGCCACGUCAGCCACAUCGCCCCCACCCUCACCGACGACUCUCCCAAUUCCACCUCCUCCGCCACUCUCAUCGCCACCAUUACCGGCUUCUUCUGCUCCGGCUCCACCCACUCCUUUUACAACUCCUCCGGCCGGGUCGACCCGGUCCUCCUCCGCCGCCUGGUCCUGGCCCAGGCCCAAUCCCCCUCCGCCCACCUCCUCGGCUGGUUCUCCGGCCGCCGCAAAACCCACCUCCGUCCCUCUCUCAGAGAAUUCUCAGUCUCCAACGCUCUCUCCUCCAACCCCAAUCUCACGUUCCCAAUCCAAAACCCUCCAGAAGGCCCCUCCAGCCCUAAUCUCGUUCCUUCCCUCUUUCUCCUAUUCGCUUCUCCGAUCACCGAUCAGACCAUCCACACCCACGAGUACCGGGCCUACCACUUCCGUGCAUCCAAACACUCCUUCGAGCCCAAAUCAAUUCAAAUCGUCAACAUUGGGCCGGCGUUUCGAGCCCAGUACGAGAACUUCAGUCCCAACUCGCCUUUUCCCAAUUUGCCAUUCGAGCUGAGGGUUUCGCCGAUGAUUGUGGACAGAGGAGAGGAGAAUUUGGAUCAGUUGAGGCAAGUUAACAAGGACCAGAGCGAGUUGGAUAUGUGCACUCAGGGGUUGGAGGUUGGGAGCCUCAGUAGGCUAAUGGGUUCGGAGGCUGCGAAUUACACGACUGGCGUGGAGGAUUUGUAUGAGAAAAUGCUUGUGAAGAUUGAAAGCUUGACCACGCUCGUUGAGAAGAGCUCCGCUAACGUUCUUGAGCAGGAAAAUCUCAAUAGGAAGUUAAGGUACAAAGCUGCAAGGUCUGCUGCGUUGGAGUAAUUGCUUGAUUAUUGCCGAUGGUGUUUUGUGGUGAUGUCAGGUGAAUCCUUCAUGGUGGGAAGCUAUAUUCUCACUUGCAAAAACGACGAGUAAUUAAGUCGGUGAAUCCUUGUGUAGUGUUCUGCGCCUCACGUUUGUUGUGGUUUUCUGUUGGAAUCACAGCAUACAGGAAAGUUUCCUGCUUGAUGAUGUGGUAGCUCAUGUAUAUGUAAGAUUUAGUUGACAUUCGAUGCAUCAUGCAGUUGGUGACUUUUGAGAUGAAGAUCUGUUGGAACCAUGGAAGUGUUUUCUUGUACUAAUUACGGUGUGGCAUGUUUUCGUGGUCUUGAAGAUGGGGAUGAUUUGAUACCCUGCGUCCUUUCAGUUAUAUGUGCACUUGCUGUAUCUUGUCCAUUUAUAAGGGGGAAGAAGAAGAAAGCAAAUGAUUGUGCAAUAUUUUCAUCUUUCA